UGCCGUCUUUCGUGAUGCGGAGCGACGACCUCCUCAUCGCUCAAUGGAAAAUAUGAGAUGUGAAAAGUUUAGUAAGAGGAGAAGGAGGACGUGGAAGAACAGGAGGAAGACUUUGACAUGAGUUCGGUUCACUAAUCUGAGGAUAACUAUUCAACCCGAGAUGUUUUCUGCCCCCACCGACGAUUCACAGCAGAGAUGUUAACAACGCGACUCUUUUCCUGACAUGAACUCCGAGAAACUGAACCAGCAAACUUAGUUUGACGCUCCAGAGUCUACGUCUCGACUCUCUGGUCUCCAGCAGACUGCUCUCUUCUCCUUGUCCCAGUAGUCUGUGAGCUGUGGUCCUGAUGGGAGACUGGAGCGCUCUGGGGAAACUGCUGGACAAAGUCCAGGCCUACUCCACAGCCGGAGGCAAGGUAUGGCUCUCCGUCCUCUUCAUCUUCCGUAUCCUGGUCAUCGGUACUGCGGUGGAGUCUGCGUGGGGCGACGAGCAGUCGGCCUUCAAGUGCAACACCGCCCAGCCGGGCUGUGAGAACGUCUGCUACGACAGCUCCUUCCCCAUCAGCCACGCACGCUUCUGGGUCCUGCAGAUCAUCUUCGUCUCCACGCCAACGCUGCUCUACCUCUGCCACAUCUUCUACCUCAUCCACAAGGAGGAAAAGCUGAAGGUGAAGGGGGAGCGGCUGAGAGAACUUCAGACCAAAGGACAGGAUGUGGAGCGAUCGCUGAGGAAACUGGAGCUGAGGAAGAUGAAGUACGGCAUCGAGAAGAACGGAAAGGUGAAGAUGAAAGGAGCUCUGCUCAGGACCUACAUCUUCAGCAUCCUGCUCAAGUCCUUCUUUGAGGUGGGCUUCCUACUGCUGCAGUGGCACAUCUACGGCUUCAGCCUGGCGUCGCGCUACGAGUGCGAGGCGUACCCCUGCCCCCACCGCACCGACUGCUUCCUGUCGCGGCCCACCGAGAAGACCAUCUUCAUCGUCUUCAUGCUGGUGGUCUCCCUGGUGUCCCUGCUGCUCAACCUCAUCGAGCUCUUCUACGUCACCUACAAGUGGGUCAAGGACACCAUGAGGGCGUCCGAGGGCCAGCAGCUCCACCCCCGCCUCCGCCUGCUGCCGGGGGCCGGAGGAGGAGUGGGAGGAGGAGGAGUGGGAGGAGAAGAAGGAGGAGCGCCGUACCACUACUGCAACGGCUGCCCCCCCCCCUCCGCCCCUGUCUACAACCUGGAUGCCACGGCGACGGUGGCAAGGGGCGACUCGGUGAACCACUACAACAAGACGGCGAGCGAACAGAACUGGACCAACUUCAGCACGGAGCAGAACCAGCUGGGCCGCUCCCCGCCCCGUCGCCACGGCAGCCAGCGCAGUACCGGCAAGAACAACAACAACAACAAUAACCACAACAACAAGGCCGGCGCCAACGCCAGUGACUGCAACCGCGACAGCCCUGCCUUCCUGGGCCCCGCCUUCGUAGGCCCCGCCCACGGCCAGCCACCGCCGUCGGACAAGGUGGAGACCAAGGAGCUUCACCUCCUCCGGGGGCUGGAGCCGCGGCCCGGCAGCCGCGCCUCCAGCCGCGCCCGCACUGACGACCUGGACAUCUGAGGGGGGGGGAGCUGGAGAACCCAGGAGGAAGCUGGAGACGCUUUAAGGGACUCUCCAACAUGCUUAGCUUGAGACUCUUUUAAGGGAGCUAGAGAGGUUCUUAAGGGAGCUGGAGAGGUUCUUAAGGGAGCUGGAGACGUUCUUAAGGGAGCUGGAGACGUUCUUAAGGAGGCUGGAGACGCUUUGAGGGAGCUUGAGAGAUUCAUAAGGGAGCUCGAGAGGUUCUUAAGGGGAGUGUUCGCUGCGCUGCUAUGCAUCGUCAAAACGACAGCGCUAGCUUGUUCUGGCGAGUCGAGACUUAUGUUCUUGUCGGAGAGUGAAGAAGCGUUUUUUCUUUCCUGUGGAACAAUCCGGGUCAUUGUUGUCAUGGCUACGUGGACUGAGAUGUCCGACACUACGAGGGGAAGCACCACCCAUUGACUCCAACAAUGGGAGGAGCUGGUUUCCUGGAUCCAUUGUUUCUGCUGGGAAGCGGCCGUGGCGAUCUGCUGGAGGUAUUUGAACUGUGUGUCCACUGCUCUUCAGCGAUGCCUUAAGAACUCAAGUCUUGUUUUUGAUGUUGUACUUUCUGAGCUGUACGUUAAUGGGCUUUAGAGAGAGCAGAAAAGAGCAGAGAGAACAAGACUUGGAAACUAAACUACCAAAACCAACAAUCUUCUUCUUCUUCUUCCAUUAUUUCUCCAACGCGGAGAAGUUCUGCAUCUGAUUCCCUGAACGAUGGAAUCCACUCAGAAAUGAGCAAGAAUCCAAAUCUAAACUGUCUCAGACAGUCAAACUCAAACAGAUAUUCAAAAAAGUGUGUUUCCUGCUCUAAAAGCUGAUUUAAGUCAUAUCUCUUAAAAGCUCCCUACAGCAACCUUUGUGCCUUAAGUGAUGAAUGGUUUUCAAAACCACUCACCACAAAUGUAGUACAUGUCUUUCUCAGUGUGAGUCUUUUGGAUAUCAGUAUUUUCUGUAAUGUAGUUUUAGAGAUUUUUUAGUAUUUUUAAGGAGUCAUUUUCCGCUAUUUUUACAAAGUGUUACCAGUAAGUAUGAUCAUCGUUCCAGAGAUAUUUAAUGUUCUUUGUUAGUUUGUUGUUUGAUUAAGAGAUUGAUUCAUAGAGCGAAUGACUGUUAGAACAGAUUACGUAUUUAUUAUUUUAUUUGUCUGUAUUUUUAUUUUGCUGAAGAAUAUAUUUUAUAUCCUGACAAACUUUGAAUAAUAAUUGUAAAUCAAACUUGAAAAAUGAACAAAGCAAAAAAAAAAAC